AUGACUUCCCUACUAUCAACAUACCUUACUCCACUCCUUUCCACUCUAGUCGCUAUCUCCAACCCCUUCCUCGACUUCGUUCAGGAUCAUCCCAUUUUCAGUGAUUGGUUGAAAUACCUCUCUGUAGGGGCUUUCCUCGAACUGUGUAGGGGAUGGAUCCCAAUGCUUAUCAAGUGGAUACUUCAGAGUAUAGUGGCCACAGCAAGGAUAUCAGAAGAUGACGAAGCUUACGAUUGGAUAUACAACUAUCUUUCUACCCUUAAACCCGAUCAUCUCGACGAUGAGGAAGAUGAAGAGAAAUAUUCUUUUCUUCGUACAGUCAUUAGAUCACUUCCUUUUUCUAAUAGGUCUACAUUGAUGGACGUGACUAUCUCGACUAAGAAACCUCGGAAUUGGAGAUAUUACUUGAAAGGACAUUAUGUGGAAGAUUAUCAUGAGGCUAGAAAUGGUCAUUAUGGGGAUAAUCAGGGGGAUAGAAAUAACAAGAAGGUGAGGGUCGAUAUGGUUCCUAGUAUAGGCGCAUGGCAGAAGAUCAAUUUCAAGGGAAAGACUGUUAGAAUUGGGAUGGUGCAGGAUGACGAUGCGUUGAGAGAAGGCAAAAAAUGGAUCAUCAUGAAAGCAUAUUUCGCAACACCUCGAAUGUUCACUUCACUCCUGACUGAAUCGCAUGAUAAAUUCAAAAGUCUGACUGCCAACAAGACCUCUAUCUACACUCCUAAUCUUAGCCAUGGUGCGACUUGGCAACGAACGUCCUCAAGACCCAACCGACCAUGGGAGAGCAUCUUCCUGGUUAGUAAUAUCAAAGAAUGA